CAUCUUCAGGGUAGCUCUGAGAGUCAACCAUUCAUUCAUUCUUUCCGUCCAACCUGGCCGUAUCCUUUUUUCUUCUUCUUUCUCCCCAGCCUCGUUGGCCUUGACCUGUUGACCGCCAGCUCAAAAAUCUGAACAGCAAUAACCUGCAUCAUUUUCCUCUUCUUCCGUGCCAUCACUCCUAUCCUCGACACAACGUCAUACACAACCAUUUUACCAGUCGUCCAUAAAACCAAAAAAAGACAAGACAUCGACGAUUAGCUGUGCUACAUCCCCCCAAGAUGAUCUUCAACAGGCUGGCUUCGUGCCUGCUGCUGGCCCUGCCUGCUCUGGCGGCACCCGCUCCCCAGGCUACCACCACCUCCACCACCUCCUCCUCGGGCUACUGGCUGCCCACUGUCCUGUCCCAGGGUCUGGGAUCUUCUCCCUUCCAGGGCAACACAACCUACACCAUCUACCGUAACGUCAAGGACUACGGCGCCGUGGGUGACGGAACCACCGAUGACACUGCGGCCAUCAACGCUGCCAUCUCCGCCGGUGGCAGGUGUGGCCUGGACUGCCAGUCCUCCACCGUCACACCGGCUGUGGUCUACUUCCCUGCCGGAACCUACCUCGUCAGCACGCCCGUCAUCCAGUACUACUUCACCCAGCUCAUUGGCGAUGCCACCAACCCGCCCACCCUCAAGGCCUCUGCCGCCUUCACUGGCAUGGCCGUGAUCGACUCGGACCCGUACGAGGACGACGGUAGCAACUGGUGGGUCAACCAGAACAACUUCUUCCGCCAGGUGCGCAACUUUGAGAUCGACAUCACCGCCCAGCCCGUCACCGAGGGUGCUUGCAUUCACUGGCAGGUCGCCCAGGCCACCUCGCUGCAGAACAUCGUCUUCACCAUGCGCACUGACGGCGGCACGACCAACAUGCAGAAGGGCAUCUUCAUGGACAACGGGUCUGGUGGGUUCAUGAGCGACCUGACCUUCAAUGGUGGCGGCAUCGGUGCUUUCCUGGGCAACCAGCAGUUCACCACCCGCAACCUGACCUUCAACGGCUGCCAGACCGCCAUCUACAUGAACUGGAACUGGGCCUGGACCCUCAAGGAUGUCACCAUCGACAGCUGCACCGUCGGCCUGGACAUGGCCAACGGCGCCUCGUCCCAGACUGUCGGCUCUGUGCUGUUCCUGGACUCCAAGAUCAGCAACACCCAGCUCGGUGUCAACACCUCGUACCUGACCACCGAGUCCAGCACCAACGGCACCCUGAUCAUCGACAACGUUGACAUGUCCACCAAUGUCGACAUUGCCAUCAAGGACGCCAUGUCCGGCUCGACCGUCCUCGCUGGCAACCAGGUCGUCAGCAACUUCGUGCAGGGCAACUCGUACCAGAGCGGCAGCGGCCUUGCCGUCCAGAAGGCCAUCGCCUCCAACACCACCAAGCCUGCCUCCCUCCUCAACUCGGACGGCACCGUCUUUACCCGCAGCAAGCCCCAGUACGAGACCCUCGACGCCUCGAGCUUCGUCUCCGUCAAGGCCAACGGUGCCAAGGGUGAUGGUUCCACCGAUGACACCGCCGCCAUCCAGGCCAUCCUGAACAAUGCCACCGACGGCCAGGUCAUCUUCUUCGACCACGGCGCGUACGUCGUCACCGACACCAUCAAGGUCCCCGGCACCAAGAACAUCAAGAUGACGGGUGAGGUGUGGCCCAUGAUCAUGGCCAAGGGCACCUCCUUCAACGACAUGAGCAACCCCAAGCCCGUCUUCCAGGUGGGCGAGCCUGGCGAUGAGGGCGCGGUCGAGAUGUCCGACAUGGUCUUUGAGACCCUGGGCGCCGCGCCUGGUGCCAUCAUGAUCGAGUGGAACAUGAAGGGUUCAUCCAACGGCGCCGCUGGCAUGUGGGACGUCCACGCCCGCAUUGGCGGCUCUGCUGGCACCGAGCUCCUCUCGGCGCAGUGCGCCAAGAACCCCAACGUGACGCACAGCGCCAACGCGGCGUGCGAGGGUGCCUUCAUGCUGAUGCACAUCACCGAGUCGGCGUCCAACGUCUACCUGGAGAACACAUGGUUCUGGGUGGCGGACCACGACCUCGAGCUGGGCGCCGACUCGCAGCAGAUCGACAUCUACAACGGCCGCGGCGUGCUGAUCGAGUCGUCGGGCCCCGUCUGGAUGUACGGCACCGCCGCCGAGCACUCGCAGCUGUACAACUACCAGGUCAACAACGCCAGCGCCAUCUACAUGUCGCUGAUCCAGACCGAGACGGCCUACAUGCAAGGCAACCCCAAUGCCACCACGCCCUUCCCCACCAACGCCACGUACAACGACCCGUCCUUUGCCUCGUGUACCGAGGCCAACUGCGCCCGCACCUGGGGACUUCGCAUCGUCAACUCUGAUGACGUCUAUGUCUACGGCGCCGGGCUGUACUCGUUCUUUGACAACUACGAGCAGACCUGCCUUGAGACCGAGUCGUGCCAGCAGAACAUGGUGUCCAUUGAGAGCAGCGCCGCCCACAUCUUUGGCCUGUCGACCAAGGCCUCCGUCAACAUGCUGACGGUCGACGGCGAGAGCAAGGCCCUGGACAGUGACAACCGCAACACCUACUGCGCCACUCUGUCCUACUUUGCCAGCUCGGCAUAGGCUGCUCCACCUGGCGGUAAUGGCUCCGUGGUCGUAAGCAGUAGUGGUGGCCACACUGUCGGCGGUACGAGCACCGGUGCUCCGUCCCCGACGACCUCCAUCUCGUCGGAUUCUACCUCGGCCUGCCAUAGGUCCAACCGAUCCAUGGCUGCGGCCAAGGCCCAGAUGACGACCUGAUUAAGGAGGACUUUCACUUUUUCACUUCUUUUUAACAAGUAUGGAUUGGUCUCCACGGUGGCCAUUCAUCCUUUUUUUUUUUUUUUUUUUUGGUGUUUAGUUUCUUUUGCGCAUGAGCAGGAGUUCUGGUUCAGGGAGAGGAAGAUACCAAUUCGCAAACAUGGAAAACAUUGGAGACAAAUGGAACAGUAGAAAGGGAGGAAAGAGUAAGGCAUUACUGCUUUCACAAAUUGGGUGUAAGGAACCCAGUGGUACAUAGAAGAAAUAGCAGAACAUGGAUUGAUAAUGGAUCUG